GAAUCCUUUUUGUUGAUGGUUACAUAAUUGAUGGAAUCGUUGCUUUCUGUUUUUGAUUAGAAUUGUUGAUUUUAAUUAUUGUGUUUGUUUUCUGUUUUUAUUGAUUCGUUUGAUUUGUGUUAAUCUGUGUUGGUUGGAAAAAUGUCUUCUGAAGGGUCUGGAAGCAAGAUUCGACUUCGUGCUGAAAUGUGUGCACCUUCAUCAAUCUCCUUGACUGAUUCUGAAAUAUUAUCUGAUAUCGUUUUUGUUUGUGGUGACGAUUUUAUCCCAGUCAAGAGUCAUAAGCUAAUUCUUAGAAAUUGGUCAACCUUUUUCUCUAAAAUUGUUGAAUGUUCUCUAUCAAUUCAAGGGCCUUUUCCAGUUACUCCCAUAGUCGUUUUAAAAGAAGUUCCCGGUCAAGAUUUACAAGAUAUUCUCAAAUUUAUUUAUACAGGAAAUUUAGUCGUUGAACAAUCAAGAGUCAAAUCAUUACUUAAAACUGCCAAAUUUCUUGAACUUGUCAAAUUACCCGAACAAUUAGAAGCCUCAGAAUUGGUUAAAGCUCCUCUCAACGAGUCAUUGGAAAUUGAUCAUCCAACACCAAGAACGGGAGCUCCUCUAGCAAUCACAAUGUGCCCACACCCACAACCACCAUCGCCACCACAUUUAGAGCCACAACCUCAACCACAAUCAGAAUCACAACCACAACCACAACCAUCGCAAACACAAUCAGAGCCACAAUUACAAUCAUCAACACCCCCGCCACCCUCAACCCCACCGUCAUCAUCAAAACCACCUCAAGAUGAGUAAACCUAUUGUCUAUUUCCUUUAAGAAAAUCAUUCAUAAGUAAAUAACGUUAUACUUUGAACAAUUUAUGCCAAUUGUAUAAAAUAAAAGAAAAUAAUUUUUUAACAAAUCACACAA